CCGCGUGACCCGCUCCGGCCGCCGGUCAUGUGCUCAGCCAAGAUGGCGGCGCUCAGCGGAGCGGUGCUGGCCGUGCUGGGGCUGCGCCUGUGCUGCGCGGCUGCCGCCGUCCCCCUCGUUAUCUGGCACGGGAUGGGAGACACUUGCUGCAAUCCGCUGAGCAUGGGCUACAUUAAGAAGAUAGUGGAGAGUAAAAUACCAGGGAUUUAUGUUGUGUCUCUGAAGAUUGGAAGCAACCUGAUACAGGAUAUGGAGAACAGCUUCUUUAUGAAUGCAAACGACCAGGUGAGAGAGGUGUGCAGCCAGCUGGCAAAGGACCCUCACCUGAAAGGAGGCUACAAUUCGAUGGGCUUCUCCCAGGGAGGCCAGUUCCUGCGGGCGGUGGCCCAGAGGUGCCCUUCUCCUCCCAUGCUCAAUUUGAUCUCCAUUGGGGGACAGCACCAAGGCGUGUACGGCUUUCCACGCUGCCCUGGGGAGAGCUCCCAUAUCUGUGACUGGAUCCGAAAGACGCUGGACCUGGGUGCCUACACACAAGCCGUUCAGGAGCACUUGGUACAAGCAGAGUAUUGGCAUGAUCCGCUGAAGGAGGAUGACUACAGGAAAAACAGCAUCUUUCUGGCUGACAUAAACCAGGAGAGGGGCAUCAAUGAGACGUACAAGAAAAACCUGAUGGCUCUGAAGAAGUUCGUGAUGGUGAAGUUUCUCAAUGAUACCAUGGUCGACCCCCCGAUCUCUGAGUGGUUUGGGUUUUACAGAAGUGGCCAAGCCAAGGAGACCAUCCCGCUGAAGGAGACCUCGCUGUACACAGAGGAUCGCCUGGGGCUGCAGGAGAUGGACAAAGCAGGGAAGUUGGUGUUCCUGGGGGUGAAGGGGGAUCACCUCCACUUCUCCGAAGAGUGGUUCUACACCUCCAUCCUCCCCUUCCUCCAGUGAGAGCACUGG